AACUAGUUCUGAAGGUUUCAUUAAUUGAACAGUUCCUUUGAAUUCUUUAUCCGGAACAACAUAAAGUUGAACAAUUAAUUAAAAAAUUAAUUUUAAAAUAAAAUAAACGCCACCAAACAUGUCAACUCGUUGGUAUCCCCUGUAUCAACGCGGCAAUCCCCAGCUGCGAGUUUUCUUGCCCAAUUUCUGGAUGAAGCUCAUCAGGCCCAGUGAACCCCAGCCCAAAAACAUUGUUACAUUUUCCGUGUCCAUGGAAAUGACCAAACAUGAUGUGAAAAACUAUUUGGAAAAGAUUUAUAAAGUCCCCGUUAUGGAUGUGCGUACCCGCAUUGCUUUGGGCGCGACCAAGAGAGAUGUCACCUAUGGAUAUGUGACCAAACAUGAUGAUAUGAAAAUAGCUUAUGUAACAUUGCCCAAAGAAAUGGAAUUUACAUUCCCCGAAAUGUUUACCAAGAAGGAUGAUGCCAAAAAGGCCGAUGAGAAAGCCAUGGAAGAUACAAAACAAGGUUUCAAGCAGUUCUUGGAACGCAACAAGAAACGUCCUGGAACACCAGGCUGGUAUUCGAUAUAGUUACUUAGUUUAAUAUACGAAUAAAACUAGUCUAAGUGAAUUGUUUUGUUUAGAAA